UUUUAAUCUUCAGUGGCCCAAAGAAGCCCCGAACGAGGGACGGAGAAGAGGGUUCUACGGGGGUUUUUGGAAGGGGUGAACUUCAAUUGCGGCGAGGGAACGGGCAAGAAAUAGGUUAGGGUUUCGACGGUCUCUAUGGCGAAGAAGAAAAAGCAGCAGUAAGGAAAAGCGAAGAUUUGCGAAGGGCAAAGGAAAAAGAUGGCUGGUGCCAAGAAGAACAAUGUGGUCCGGAAGUACAACACAAGGCAAUGCUCUCGCGGGAAGAGGCCCUCCCCUUCUUCUUCUUCUGGUCCUUCUUGCUAUCGCGGGAAGAAGCCCUCCCCUUCUUCUUCUUCUGGUCCUUCUUGCUAUCGCGGGAAGAAGCCCUCCCCUUCUUCUUCUUCUUCUGGUCCUUCUUGCUAUCGCGGGAAGAAGCCCUCCCCUUCUUCUUUUUCUGGUCCUUCUUGUCCUCCUCCUCCCGCACAGCCUUCUUUCUUUAAGAUCAUGCUCGGUGGUUUCAAAGAGCACUUGUUCAUACCGCCAAAAUUCGCUAAAAGAUUAGUUGGCUUAGUCAAUCAGAAUGUAUGUCUUCAAGAUUGUCUUGGAAACUCAUCAAGUGUUAAAAUCUCUGUGGUUGAUAGUUCUUUGGCUUUUCAAGAAGGAUGGCAUGAUUUUGUGUUGGAUCAUUCCAUUGAUUUUGGGGAGUUUUUGGUAUUCAAAUAUCUCAGUAAAUCAUUGUUUUCUGUUCAAGUUUUUGGCAUUGAUGCCUGUGAAAGAGAAGAAUUUGGCGAAAGAAAUGGCAAUUCUUCAUGCACAAGGAAGACAAGUAAUGCAGAUUUGUCCCUUGGAAGGUUACAGUUUCGUAAAAGGCGUAGAACUUUUGAAGUAUCAAAAGAUGAAUCUUGUCCUGGUAAGAAACAUCUGGGAACGAAAGAUGAUUCUUCUGAUUCUGAUGUGCAAAUUUUAGAAGAUGAAUGUGUUGCUAAAGACGCGGUGGAAUUUGGUAAUGAACCCAAAGAAACUCCUCAACAUCACCAUGAUCCUGGAAGUUCACAAAUUGCAGAUGUCAUAGAUCUAACUGGUCCACAGGUCAAUAUGUUCAGUGGACAGGUUAUAGUGGAACCUGAAGAAAAUGUUCCUGUUGAGCGAUCCAAAACAUGUGUUGCUAAAGGUGUGGUGGAAUUUGGUACUGAAUCCAAAGAAACUCUGCAACAUCACCGUGAUCCUGGAAGUUUACAAAUUGCAGAUGUCAAGGACCUAACUGGACCACUGGUCAACAUGUUCAGUGGACAAGUUUCAGUGGAACCCAAAAGAAAUGUUCCUGUUGAACGAUCCAAAACAUAUGUUGCACAUGGAAUUUUAUUGGAUGACCAGAAAACAGUUGAAACUGGGAUUCAUUUUGACCAUAUGGUGACAUUCCAAUUGGUUGAACAAAGCUUAUCAGGUCAUGAGGAUAGCCAUGGCAAAUCCCAUACUGCACCAACAGUUGCAUGCAGAAGAUCUAAGACCAAGGAUCAGAUUGUAAGCUGUUGGGGGACCAUCCCUUAUAAUUCUAAAUUAGAUUCCUCACUGCCACAAAACGAAACUAAGAAUUAUCUAGCAGAAGAACCGGAAGAACACAAAAUCAAGAAGAUUGGUUUGAAGGGACACUCCACUCCUGAAGUUAUGACGGCAAUUUUGGUUGCAUCUGAGAUGGUUGCUUGCAAAUUUCUUCUCACAGAGGAAGGCAUAUGCCACAUUGUCAAUGACUAUGAGAAGAAUGGACUCGGUGCAGUUACAGUAACCCCUAUUUGUGUUUCCACCAUGGAAAUUGGUACUUGCAUAGACUGCAAUCACAGUGUUACCAUGUCUAAUGAUGCCUCCUGUCAUCUUCAAAGUGUUCCUGAAGUUAAUUUCCAUGGACCUGCAACAUACUCUAUUGAAACGAGCAAUGGCAUGCGUACAUAUGAAGAGAAUGGAAAUGCCCCAGGAUUUUUAUCCGGAAAAGACUUUUCUAAAUUGGAUGGAAGUGUCAGAAGUAUCCUACAGGAUGUACCUGGUAUAGACACUCCUCAGGGAAAUUCAAUCAGAUAUGGAAUGAUGCUGGAUGCCCUUCCAGUAGAGGAUGAGGAUGCUGUCUGCAUGAGAAGUCAAAAUCUUGAACCUGUUGAAGUUGAUAACAUGGAUUUAGAUGACCUAUCUUUAGCAAAUUCUUUCUGCUUCAGGUUAACUUUAUCGUCCAGCAACAGGUGCCAGCUUGCGUUGCCACUCGGUAUUCCAUUUCACAUGAGACAAGAACGGAAAGACAUAAUUCUCCGGGAUCCAUCUGGCAGAUCAUGGCCGGUCUUGUACCAUGAGAGCAACCAGUUUAUAGGAUUUUUAAAUGGGUGGGAGGAAUUUGCAACAGCAAACAAUCUUCAGCAGGGAAAUCUGUGUGAGUUCUUUGUGGUAACUGGUGCGCCUGAUCCUACAUUCCAAGUGCAGAUAAGGCAUACAUGAUCCCAUACGUGUCCUGAACAUAUGAUGUCUAUACAUGCAUUUUGGUCAUAGUAUAUAUUAUCCGUUUGUUCUCUACUUGAGUAUUAUGUACAUAGGUUUGACCACCCGGCACAAGAUGCUGAAUUACCAAGUAAAUAUAUGUUUAUGCUUUGAUAUUUUCA